AUGAAGGAGUCAGAUCUUACGAAGGAGAGCCCCCUGACCUGGGAUUUUGACCAGUCCUGGAGUUCUCUCAUCAAACCCGCUGCACAUCUCUGCCUGAACACCUUGGAUUUCUCCGACCUCUGGGAUGAAGAAGACAGUACCGAGGAUGAGGGAACAAAUUCAAGCAAUGACUCACCAACGAUUCUCCAUGCUCCUCCGGCACCACCUCCUCUUCCUCCCCCUCCUCCGCUGGCCUCACCUUUGCCCACAGCCUCCAGUAAAGGGGAAACCAUCAAGUGUCGCACCUUGAAGCUCCAUUGGAGGGAACUGCAGAGUUUGGCUCCACUACCUAGGAUGACCCGCUUUGGGACUGAGACAAUAUGGGCCGGACUAGAGCCGGUCCAUGUGGAUACCAAUCGACUGGAGUACCUGUUUGAAUCCAAGGGUGGUAGCACCUGUUUUAGUGUUGUUUCUGGGAGGCAGAAGCAGCCAUCAGUGUCAGUGUUGGGGAUGAAGAGGAGUAACAUCAUAACCAUCGCCCUGAGCAGCCUCCCCCCUCCCCGCCUCCUCCCCCCUGCUAUCUACAGCAUGGACAGCAGCGUACUGGACAGAGAGGACAUCCAGAGACUUCAAGCUCUCAUCCCAACAGAAGAGGAGCUUUCUCUGAUCAAGGAGGCAAAGGCCCAGAACCCAAAGUCCUCUUUGGCCCCGGCAGAGCUCUGCCUACACACGUUGGGGGAAAUCACACAUCUGGAGUACAGAUUACAGCUGUGGUCCUUUGCACUGGACUACGACUCCCUAGAAAGAGAAAUUGCCGAGCCUCUCUUCCAUCUGAAGUUGGCCAUGGAGCAGCUCUCAGCCAGCCAGACCUUUAGAUGUAUUCUAGCGACAGUUUUAGCGAUUGGUAACUUUCUCAAUGGAUGCAAGGCCCGUGGUUUUGAGCUGACUUACCUGGGGAAGCUGUCCCAGGUGAGGGAUACACACACUCGCCAGCCCUUGCUGCAUCAUGUCUGCGUGCUCCUGAUGAAGCUCUACCCACAAUCAUCUGACCUCUACUCUGACAUCACUGCGGUUACUAAAGCUGGAAAGUGUGACUACUCCCUCGUCCAGUCCAAUCUCACUCAACUAGAGGCCCUGUGCAAAGCAUCAUGGGACCAGCUAAAGAUUUUAGACAAGGCAGACAACAAGAAGAAAGGAGGAAAGAUGGAGAAGGGGAAAGGAGAGGGAAGAGAAGAUGAACCUUUGUUGACAGACGGUAUGAUCCGAAACAGACUGCCGAAGAUUCUGAAAGAGUGCGAGGAGAGGAUGAAGGUCCUGAGGGCCGUGCAUCGUCGAGUUAUCAACAGGUUCCACUCUUUCCUCUUAUUCCUGGGCUAUUCUCGAGCGAUGGUGAGGGACACCAAAGCGGAGGACUUCUGUAAAACCCUUAGUAACUUUUCUCUGGAGUACAGGACAACACGGCAGUCCAUCCUCCUGCAGAGAGAGCGAGAACGACAGAGAAGUGCAGCAGAAAGCUCCGGCCCGAACACUCCAGCAGCCAGAAGGAAAUGUCAGCAGACACCAACACAGGACAAUGAGGAGCAGUGCAGGCUGGAGGAGGUGCUGAGAACACCAGAGUCCUCCCUAAGACAUGACGCCACUCUGCCACGAAGCCGCAGGAGGCUGGCUGACAUUCAAGGUCCAUUUUCACGGAGAAUGAAGUGGUGAAUCUGCUGAUAUGCUUUCAGAAAGCAUCAAGUCA